UAACCUGCUUUCUCCAUCUUCACGUCCUUGGCCCCAUAUCCCUAUCCACAUAUUAAUCGUCCUCCCCAGUCCCGACCUCUUGCGUAAUAAACUCUAUCCUAUCGGUAUGAAUCCUGAAACAGGGACAGGGAUGGCGAAUAGGUCGCCCCCUCCUGACCUAGGUGGUCACGAGGAGGACGAUGCUAGAGUUAGGGAACUUCUCCGUCUUUGUUACAAAGAUGGCAUUCUCCCCAGGGAUAUUGACCCAGGGGAGAUGACGGUACAAGGACAGAAUGUCACGUUCAAAGUAAAGGACUCUAUCGACAGACUCAAGGUACAAUGGCUAAAAGAGCGAACGAUCACCGUGAUCUUCAGGGACGCAGCCCGUUUCCUCUCAAGGAACGUGAAGGAAGAUCUCAUCAGAGCUUACGAAGACGAGAAAGUACAGACAGGCAAAUUUGGCGAAGGCUUUAGCAGAGGGAGAGUUAAGUUGGAAAGCUUAAAUGUUGCCUCAUAUGUUGCAAAGAGCACCACCAUCUUCGCCUGGUUCGUGGAGAAACAAAGCAUGAAAGUAGUACUGGGAGGGGACACGUACAAGAUGGAGUUCAAGUCAUGGCUCACUAAGGCGCAGUUGAGGGAGCAACGAAGACUGGAGGACCUCUCGACCUUCUGGGUUGUCGCGGUUCAAGUUCCGUUAGAUGCGAUGUUCUAUUUGGAGGCGCACAUUAGACGAGCUAUCGGCCCGGUCAUUUUGACGCACCCACCGGAGCGAGACCGCCUGAAACCGGCGCUCUUCAACAUUAAGUUCGAUCUCGAUCCGGAGGCGAGACCGAACAUGAAGGACUCGAUAACGGUGGAUACUUUCGAAGAUGACGAAUUGGAGGUCAGGCUUGUGUCUUCGAAUACUCCUCGCUGUCGAAAGUGUCGCGCAUUCUUCCACACUACUGAUGAAUGCAGAAGAGGAGGGCGAUUUCGCCAACAACAAGGCGGUGCAGGAAGCCAGGGCGGCAGGGAUGAGGCAGCUCAGGAGGUUUCGUCCAGACAAAUAUACUAUGGACCGUUAGGAAGAGGAGGAGCAAGUGCUCAACCUGCGACCUCUGUUGUUGGAGGAGGCUUGGCUCAGUUGCCAGACAUGAGCUUUGCAAACAUCUAUCAGAAUCUGGCAUUCAUGGCAGUUCCUUCUGUCCCGCUUGGACACCCAUUGGGUGUGUUCCCACAGAUGGGUAACCAAGGCCAGGGUGGCGGUUUUCAACCAUAUCAGGAGGCGCGGAGUAGGCUUCAACCAACCUGUCUCUUCCCAAGGGGCGGCCAAGUAGAUUCGCAAGGAGGGCUUGGCGGAGGUCCAAGUUCCAGUCAAACGCCAGGCAGGACGGAGCGUCCUGGCUCGGUAACUCCAGGAGGCAGAAUGAGAGGGAGUACCCUCGAGAAGCAUAGAAGGGUAGACAGCGAAGAGCAGGAUGAAGUAUUUAGGGAAGUGUCGGCUUCCUCCCUCCCUGGAUCGGAGGGCUCGGGUGAUCAAGCGACAAUUAUAGGAACUCCAGGUAUGAAGACUACCAAAAGACGUACGCCUACAGUCUUAAGUCGGGGACAGUUGGACAUCGUCGAAAACAGGAUUUUGCCGUUUAUGUGCACCGCGGCGAAGGGGACACUUUCGGUUGUUGCAUGGAGCGGAGGGGAUGGAGUGCCAGAGCUUUUCAGUACCGCAUCUCCGGAUCAGUCGAUGCCUACCGCGGUUACCAACGUUAUUCAAGCAGCGGUGAGGGAUAAGUUCCUGGUCCGGUUGAUCCCGGACGAGCCUAUGGGCAGGUUCAUCCUGGACCUGGAAAAUGGUAGGAAGUUGAAAUUCUUUGUUCCGAUUCUUGAUGCUCGUGUGGAGCAGGCGCAACUGCCUAAGCUGGAACACGCAGGGAUGAGGCUUCUUCCACUUGUCUGGUUUGUAGAAGGCAGACGACAAGAACUUCGUAGAAUCAGAGUUCCCCCGUUCUGUACUGGCGAAUUCCUUGUGGAUUUAAACGACAAAUUGGCAAGGGACAAGAAGUUCAAUUCCAAGUUCAUCAGAGAUUUCCUCGUUGCACCAUGGGACCAGCAGUCGUCGUCAUCUGGAACAGCCGCCCCUAUCCAACAAGUAUCCGGGAAUUAGGGCUUGAAUAGGCAGGCUUCGCCUAUCUACAUGGAAUUUGUGAGGCUUAGUCAAUCAGUCAAGUAAGUUCAAGAAAGCGAGACUAAAAUCCUGGAUUCACGAUAAAGGCGUCCAUGUUGC